AUGAAUACUCAGUUUGUAUCUUCCACUGAUUAUCCAUCGGGAAAUGUGGCCACAUUCAGUUCCAAUCUCAAGCUAUAUUGGAAAUUAUUAAGGAAUGAAAAAAGCUCUGAUAUUAAUGAUGCAAUCUUGGAAUUUGGAGCUGUGGCCAAAAACACGAGAGGUUACGUCUCGUUUUGCUUUGGUUAUUUAAAUGGAGAUCCAAUGAAGGGUGAUACCAUUUUCGGGUAUUAUAAUAGUGCUUCUCAAAGUGUAACCAUCAUGGAUGCAUGGAUGGUUGCAAAGCCACAAUCACCAGUGAGUGAUGCUUCCGAUGAUAUCCUUCAAAGAAAUGGUGGAUACAACUCGGCCACAGGUGAGACACAUAUCAAGUGGACACGUUUCGUUAAAACAGGAGAUUCCCACGAUGUCAUUUUCACCAAUGCAGUCAUGAAAACUUCCUGGGCACUCCACUCCACCAGUACUGGAAUGGUUAGACAUACCAGCACUGGCAAAGGUCCAAGUUUGAAUUUCCUUUCAGCUGGUUAUGCUACUGGUGAGUAUGGAGUAUUGCCAAGUCAACCAGAAGUUUCGGAUGGACGUUCUAGUAGUAGUAAUUCGACCUGUUCACUUCCAACUGGAUAUUCACAAAGUAUUUUAACUCACUGGGUCAAUUCUGCUGAUUAUCCUGCAGCUAAUUACAAGUUAGUUGGAACAUCUGAUUCAUUGAAAUUAUAUUGGAAAGUUUUGACCAAUCCAAAUGAUGCAAAUAAUCCAAUUAUUGAAUUUGGAUUGUUGGCUACUGGUAUUUAUGGUUAUGCUUCUCUUGGUUUCAACCAUGGAGCUAGUUCAGGAAUGCAAACUGCUGAUACCAUGUUUGGAUAUGUUGAUUCAACUGGAAAAGUGGUAAUAGUUGAUGCUUACAUGCAAGGUAAUCUUCAAGCUCCAACCUUAGAUUCAUCUCAAGAUUUCAUUUCCAAAAAUGGAGGAUUAAGAUCUGUGAGUGGAAAUUAUGAGCUUCAUUUGAAAUGGACACGUUUGGUCAAUACUAUGGAUUCUGCUGAUCAAGCAUUCACCAAUGUUCAAAUUCCAAUAUCAUGGGCUCUUUCCAAAACUUCCACAUCAAUUACAGCUGUUCACAGUUACAGAGACAAGAAUGUCAUGAUUAAUUUCAUGCAGACUGUAACUUUGUCAGAUUUGGGUGUUCCUCCAGGAAGUGCUCUGACUGCAGCUUGUUCUAAUAGCACAAAUUCAACAAGUACUAUACCACCUACCGAUAAUGGCAAUGUUGUUACUCCUACUAAUCCUCCUAUUGUUUCCAAUAGCACAUCUUCAAAUGGCAAUUCUUGUUCGUUGCCAAGUGGAUAUUCUCAAAGUAUUACCACUAAAUGGGUUAAUUCUGCAGAUUAUCCAUUGAAUAAUUACAAGUUAGUUGCUAAUUAUGGAACUUCUGAUUCAUUGAAAUUGUAUUGGAAAGUUUUAACAAAUCCAAAUGAUGCAAAUGUACCAAUUAUUGAAUUUGGAUUGAUUGCCACAGGAAUUUAUGGUUAUGCAUCAAUUGGAUUUAAUCAUGGAACCAACUCUGGAAUGGACACUGCUGAUACAAUGUUUGGUUAUGUAGAUUCAACUGGUAAGGCAGUUAUAUUAGACACAUACAUGCAAGGUAAUCUUCAAGCACCAACAUUAGAUUCAUCUCAAGAUUUCAUUUCCAAAAAUGGUGGAUUAAGAUCU